AUGAACACUGAUAUAUGUUCGAAAAAUGCAGAUUUUAAUCUAAAGAAUAGUGAUAAACAAUAUAAAUCAAAUGAAAAAUUAAAUAAAGUCACUUCACUUUUAAGUUUUUUUUCAGAGACAACUACGGGUGGUUCAUCAGGAGGGACAGAAAUUGAAAAUAAGAAUGGUAAUAUUUCUGCUGAAGUUUCCCUAUCUGAAUUGACUGAUAUUUUCGGGUUAAAAAGCAAUAGCAAUAAUGAAAAUACAACAAUUUCUCGGAAACGAUCUAAUACAGAAAGAAAUAUAACUGAAAUUAAAAGAAACAGACUUUCUUCAUCAUUUUCAGAAAUAGAUAAAAUGAAUAACAUUAGUAUAGAAACAACUGUUAAAAAUUUUAACAAUACUUCAUUAAGUGAUUCUAAAGCAUGUGAAAUAAUAAAUAGUCAAUUUAAAGAUUCAAUUUCAACUCUUCAAAAACCAUGUUCUGGUGAAGAAGUAGCAUUGUUAUCUAUAACACCUGCACCAGCACUAACUCCAAACUAUAUUAACCAUCAAAUGGAGAAUAGCAUAUCUGGAAAUCCAUCUGAUAAUACGUCAGAAUAUUCUCUAGCAAAAGAAAAUCCCUCAGAAGUUAUGCCAAAAUUAAAAGAACCCUCACCUAUUUCACAACAAGAAAUGUUUCUACCUCAUGAUAGCAAUACUUUUGAAAAAAAGAAAUGUGAAUUCAGAACGUGUAGUUAUUACUAUAAAACAAAUGAGGAGUAUCGUUUUCACAAUAAGGGUCAUGUUAUUUCUAGUUCUUUCAAAUGUUCAUAUUGUGAUCUUUCUUUUACUGGUUUAACUUAUCUUUCACAUCAUGAAAAAAUGUGGUGUACAUUAAAAAAUAAUUUAGAAAAAGAAUUACCAAAACCACUUGCUACAAGUACUCCAACUAUUCCAAAUGUAAGAAAAGAAUACAUUCCAAAACCUCAACCACAAAGAAUUACUUUUCCCACAAAUUUAAAUGAAAAACAAAUACAACAAGCACAACUUUAUGAUGCUUUAUAUACAAAAUCAAAUAUAAUUCCUACUAACAAGGAUACAUCAAUACAAAAUUUUAAUCAACCUUUCAUUAAACAAUCUGGAAGAGAUCCUUUUAGAACACCACAUAUUACAAACCGUUUUUAUGUACCUGAAACAAUAAACAAAAAUAAACAUUUAGAAUUUUCAAAACCUGGAUGUAUUGUUUUACAAAAUACGCAAGUUCCAGAACCUCGUUUAUCUCAAUUACCAAAACCUUCAAUGACAACACCUAUAAAAUUAAAUAUAUGUGAAAUAAAAUCUAAAAGAAUAUAUUGUAAGGUUGAAACAUGUGAUUUUUCUACAGAAAUUGAAACAUUAUAUAGAGAUCAUUAUUGUGAAUUUCAUAAUGGUGAAACGAAUGAAAUUUGUGAAUAUUGUUCAAGUGGAUUUUCAAACAAAAAAAUUCUUAAUCAACACAAGACUAAAUAUUGUAAAACUGCUGCAAGUUGUAUAAAAAAAUUACAUACAGAUCCAAGAGUUGAUCCACAUUUUUUGAAAAAAUCUAUUGAAAGAAAAAUAUUUGUUGAUAGUGAUAAACGAGAGAUUUGUCUUUAUCAAUGUGAAUUUAAAGGAACAAAUGAAUUAGAUAUGAUAAAUCAUAUUUCUAUUUUUCAUCAGGCUGAAGGAAGAUUUCCAUGUUCAACAUGUGAAUUAAAGUUUUCUUCAAAUGAUUUGUUGGCGGCACAUGAAGAAUUAUAUUGUUCAAAGACUUCUGAAAAAAGUAUAUCAAGAAUAAAGGGUAUGACUAAUGAUUACAAAUGUCCACAUAUUACAUGUAAUUUUCGAACUCUUAAUAUUAAAAAUUUUAAAGAACAUUUAAAUGGACAUUCUGACAAUUUUACUACCAGGCAUUCCUGUAAUAAUUGUAAGCAAUAUUUUUUAAGUGAAGCAAUUCUUGAAGAGCAUUCUCAAUUUCCUUGUUGUUACAAAAAAAUUAAAAGAGAUAUAAAUAUUGUCAAUUCUUUAAUGGACAUUUCAUAUGAAAAUUGUUAA